CAGGCCGUGGCGGCGGAAGAGAUGGAGCCGCGUCACCAGCGCCCGGCCCCUUAAAAACGCUGCUGGCUGGAGCCGCCUUCCUCCCUGCAGCCCGCGGCAGGGAUGGAGUAAAGAGAAAUUCGUCCACCUACCCGUCGGGAUCCGCGAUGGAGUUAAAGCAAUCUUUGUCUACUCAUCUGGAAGCGGAGAAGCCUCUGAGGCGCUAUGGGGCGGUGGAGGAGACGGCAUGGAAAGCGGAGGGACUGGGGAGAAGUCAGCUGGACAUCAUCUCCAUGGCAGAGACGACCAUGAUGCCUGAGGAGAUCGAGUUGGAGAUGGCCAAAAUCCAGCGUCUGCGUGAAGUCCUGGUCCGCCGGGAGUCUGAGCUCAGGUUUAUGAUGGAUGACAUCCAGCUUUGCAACGCCAUCAUGGACCUGAAACAGGAGCUGCAGAACCUGGUCGCCAUCCCAGAAAAAGAAAAAACCAAGCAGCAGAAACAGCGAGAAGACGAGUUAAUCCAGAAGAUCCACAAACUGGUGCAGAAGCGAGACUUCCUGGUGGACGACGCCGAGGUGGAGCGGCUGCGAGAGCAAGAAGAAGACAAAGAAAUGGCUGAUUUCUUGAGACUCAAGUUAAAACCUCUAGACAAAGUAUCCAAACCUCCAGCCAGCUCCCGGGCAGAGAAGAAAGCCGAGCCCCCACCUAGCAAACCCACAGUGGCCAAGACGGGGCUGGCGCUCAUCAAGGACUGCUGCGGGGCCACCCAGUGCAGCAUCAUGUAGCCCUUCCCCGACGCAGGGCACCCCCAGGGCCAUGGGGACCCCCCUCCCACCCUCUUGUCUUCACAGCCCCCGUUUCGCUGGGGCUCAGGAGCUCGCCGAGGUGGAAGGGGUGAAGGCCAGCCGCGACUGCCGCCUGGGCCUGUACAGAGUGUAGCGUAGGGAGCCUCCCCGUCGCAUGCCAAACCCAGGAGUCUGUCUCUCCGUCUCUCCUACCACCAGGAAAGGUCCUCCCUCAAAAAGUGUAUCUCCACUUCUCUCUAGCUGUAUCAACCCACCGUGCGAAUGAACCGGGCGAGGGGCAUGAUCCCCAGGUGUGUGUAGUUGUGACUUGUCAACGACCUAGCACCACGUUGGACACAUCCCCAUCAGCCCCGACCCCUCUGUCUGCAACCUGGCCGUGCCCAGAGACCCCCCGCGGGCAGCCAGUGCACCCUGGAGACAGAGGAGCUGGCUUUAGAAGAGACUGAGCUUUGUGGGGGGUCAAGUCUCGCUUUGGCUCCCUCCCUCCCUUGCCUGCCCCUGGCGUGCUGAGUGGAGCAGGGAUGGGGCGUGGGCUGGAUCACCCGCAGGCCCAGAGGAGGGAGCAGAGGCUGGAGGCGCCAGGGGAGGAGGCUGGGAGCCCCCAGCAGAGGCUGCGCCCUUCCCAGCGGGGCCCUCCCCAGCCUGGCACCCAGACUCCAAACCACGGCCCACCGCGGCGGCGGGAGAGGGGCGACCCAGGCGUGUCCCACCACCAGACUGCCACCUCCACCGUGUGGCUCGAUGUCCACUUGCUACGGCCAGCUCGGCACGGCCCGUGUGACCUCUCUGUCCCUGUGUGUGUCGUGACCGGCCUCCGUAGUUAGCGUAACUCGAGAUCCGCUGAUGUGCGAUCAUCCAUCGGAGAAAAUAAAAAUGGAAACCACGUCCAUGGCAUUUUUAAAGUUUUAACUUUUUCUUGACUCUGGAAGUCAUCUGUGUACAUAGU